AUGCGUCGCCCCUCAGCCAAUAUUCUGUAAGAACUUAUUUUACUUCGUUUGCAAUAACAUUCGUCUUUAAAAGUCGUUUUCCAUUGCAGCCUUGCCUUCUGUUUCGUCCCCUUAAUCUCAGGCCAGUCGAUCCUUGCCGGGCGUUAUUACGCGACAGCUCCUGUGGCAGCUGUGGCCCCGGCCAUUCCGCCCGGUCCAGUCCCGGCUGCCCAUCCUUGUGGCCCGGCCUUGGCCCCUCCUGCAGUCCCAGUAGCCGCUCCUCCUCUAGGCCCUCCUCCUCCGGUCCCAGCUCCGGCGUUUGGCCCCGCUCUUUAUCCGGCAAUCCCAGCAGCUGCCCCAGCCUUGCUUCCGGCCGCUCCAGCUUUUGCUGCCCCGGCUUGUGCUCCAGGCUUCGGAUAUGCAGGAUUUGGUCCUUUCGGAUCCAAUAAGGAGGCCAGACAUCCCACAGAGAAUAAUUCGACCGAGACGGACAUUCCCACGACCUCUGCACCAGCCAAGGAGAAGUGA